UCCACUCGGCCAAAAUCUCCCCAUCUUCAUUUCCUCCCCGAACCAAGCAGUGCCUACUUGUCUCCCUCCGCGAAUCUCUCCCUCCCACGCUGAUCUCAAUCUGCCCGUCCCUCCACGGGCCUGCGCCGCCUCCCUCACUCCCCGCCGCAUCGCCGGCGGCCUCAGCUUUGCACGCUCCGAUGGUGCCGAGAUUGGUCACUUGCUAGUGCUGGCGGCUCAACCUGCGGAAUCGCGGCACCGCCAUGGAGACUCCGCUGACGGUGCAGAUUGUCGAGUUCAACACCAAGGUGAUGCAGGAGGAGCUGAAGAAGCUGGGGCUCAAGGUCAACCACCAUGAGGCCAACAUCACGUUCCUCAAGUCUGAGAUCUAUGCUAUCGAAGAGUCGAUUGCCGACCUGACAAUUAAACGUGGAAAGAAGUUUGUAGCUUCAAGUAAUGGUACAUCAGUUCAAGAAGCUGAACAGCGUACAAUUGAAAGCAUAUGUAAUCAGGACAAGACAGCAGCUUCGCUUAUAUGCCAGCUCAAGAAACGUCAUUCUGCACAAAUAUCAACAAUGCCAAUGAUGAAAGAUAUCCUUGGUGUUGUGGCUACCUUAGGAAAAACAAAUGAUGAUAAUCUAAGCAGCCUACUCUCAGAGUACUUGGGAAUAGACAAUAUGCUUGGUCUUGUUUGCAAGACUUAUGAUGGCAUAAAGAGUCUUGAAACAUAUGGCACAGAAGGCAACAUUGAUAAGAAAAGUGGAAUUCAUGGACUGGGUGGCUCAAUUGGAAAGUUUCUGCAUGGGAGGUUUACCGUGUUUUGUCUUGAAAACAUAAGGCCAUUUUCCGGAGAAGUUGUGAUUGAUGAUCCACAAAGAUAUCUUAUGCUGCGUAAACCAAGGUUGCCUAACGGGGAGUCUCCUCCUGGUUUUCUUGGUUUCGCAGUAAAUAUGAUACUUAUGGACCAGGCAUACUUGAGUUGUCUCACACCCCAUGGCCAUGGUCUUAGGGAGACUUUGUUUUACAGUUUGUUUUCUCAUUUACAAGUUUAUAAGACUACAGCUGAUCUACGGCGUGCUAUUCCCUUCAUAAAUGAUGGUGCGGUUUCUCUAGAUGGUGGUAUAUUGAGGCCUAAUGGUUCAUUCUGCCUUGGUGAUAGGAAAGAUGUAGAAGUGAAAUUUACUGUAGCUUUAAGCUCUGGGGAUUCAAACACACCUGGAAGUAUCACUGAAGUGGAAGAGCAAGUUAAACUGAAGAACUGGGAGAAGGAAAGGCUUGUCGAGGAUAUAAAAAGGGAGGAAGAUUUGUUAAAGCAAGUUAAGGACUCAUUCAGCAAUCAAAAGCAACAGCUUGUGGACUAUAUCACUCAAUCACCAGCGGCAAAGAGGGUGCAGGGUUCACCAACCAUUCGCUCACCUGCAACUCCGGGAAGUAAUCCAUUUGCAGCAACUCCUGGGCGUAACCCGUUUACAUCAACUCCUGGAAGUCACCCGUUUGCUACAACUCCGGGAGGCAACCCAUUUGCAGCUGCUACUCCUGGAGGUCACCCGAUUGCAGCAACUCCUGGAAGUCACCCGAUCGCAGCAACUCCUGGAAAUAUUUCGUUUGCAGUCAAGCCUCCCCACAUGCGCUGACAGCGUAAAUGUCCGCAUGCGAUUUCCUUUUGCUGGGAGUUUGUCAUGCUCUGGUUUUAUCCAUCCGUAACCAACUGCAUUUUGCGAAGUUCUUAACGCUAGAUUCUAGUGCACAGUAGGGAUGCAAAAAGUUAGUACAUAACCACCGACUUUUGUUCAUAAGUUGGGGCCUGUCUCCGGUCUCUUAUUUUGUUACUAGUCCUUUUGUGUAUCUCGUUGAAAGGGAAGAUAAGGUGAUAGAAGAGUCCCCACCUAACCAAAUUCAAGAGAAGGUUUGACAGCAACAUUGAAAUGCCAGUCUGGUUUCAGCAUUAGCUGAUCUGCUUCACUUCUGAACCUUCCUGCUGGAAGAAGGCAGGAGGAGUUUUUUGUUUCUUCCCAUCAUGCUUGUAGGAAACAUGAUGUAACAAAUCAGCGUAUUGUCAGCGAAGCAGCAAGCAUAUGUUAGUCAGAAGUGACCA